AAGUUCCCGGAAGCUUGCGCUUUUGGUCAUUUAAUUACCACCUUAACAUAAAUAUGAAUACAGGUACAUACUAUAAAUAUAUAAGCUACUGGCGCCUUUGCAACCAAGUAAGGAAAUUUCGUAACUAAGAAAGUUCAGAGAUAAGUCAAAACCAAGCUUUGGAGACUCUCACACAUUAGAUAUGGUUCAAAAGUUUGCUAUUUAGGUCACCAUAGCUGCUUGCGGUAAGACGGUAAGUAUCCAGCCAUUACUCAGUGAUGUAUGAAGAAUAAUCCUCGGCGUGUCUGACUUAAAAUGUUCUGGAAAAAAACUAAAAGAGGUUGCUUUCAUUAGUCAGACUCUUGAAAACUACCAAAAACGCAUUAUUUCCUAAGUUCUUGUAGAAAGCGCAGUUUCUUUAAAUAUUUACGAGAAAUUCUAAAGAAUAUAUCCAACUUUCAUCACAUUUUCACACAAGUUUACUGGGAGAUGUGCAAAUAUUUGUUUGAUACAUAUUGACACACUCAUUGUAUUUGUGCAAAACGUCAAAACAUCUGUUUUUUGUGCUGCUUUUUCCUUCGCCUCCGUAUCAAUUGAUAUUGCUGGCAGGCGUGUAUCACCAGCAACUAAGUAGCUUGUUUAUGCCGGACGUGCAUGUUGAAUGAAAAUUCGAAAACAAAGCAUCUACAACAACACCGUAGUCGAAAGUGACAACUGAGAGCGCAAUAUCGGCUAGCGUUUUUUAAUGGCGCUCUCGCUCACCACUCACCAACUUCGCUCAAUGAUCGUUGUUUGCUUCAAGUGCGCGGCAAGUGUCGUUGAUUUUUCGACUUUUUUAACUUAAAAUGCGCUUUGUUAUGGUUUUCUUUUUCUUUAGGUACUCGGUAUCAUCCACUUUACUGAUAUGAGUAAUAUAUUUUUAUAUUUUUGUCUGCCUUUUCCUGUGCGCUAUUUCUCCAUUUCUUUAUCUAAACGCAUACAUAUUUAUAUAGAUAUUACGCUGAAGCUGCAAUUGUUUACGCUUUUGAUUUCUACGCUAGUAUGAACUUUUUUCAGUACGGUUGUUCGCGUUGUUCCAUGCGGUUGUCGGUGCUUCGCUGCUGGAGCAGAUAUAAAUCGAAAAAUCAAAUAAUUGGUUUACGAUAAUUUCGUGUGUGAUAUUUUAAUAGUGAUCUACCGAAUCAAAUGUAUAUUCAUAUUUGUAUAGAGCGCUGAGUGGGCACUUACGUACAUACAUACAUAUAUAUGUAUGUUUUGUGGCAGUUUGUAACUAAUCUACAAGCUUAACUAGUAAUUUGAAGCAAUUCAACGCAUUUUCUGGAUUAUAAAUUUUAAAGGCUGGAGGAAAAGCAACUUGCGCUCUGCUAACAUGUUUUCAAAUGUUGGAUUUAUAGAGAAAUGUCGAUGGCGAUUGAAAGUCUACGAACACAAAUACCAACAAAAUCGACACACAACCGGCGAAACGUCGAUCGUGGAAACUGAGUAUGGAAAAGUAGAAGGCGUUAAGCGGCUAACUACUUACGACGUGCCAUACUACAGCUUCGAGGGUAUACCCUAUGCACAACCACCUGUGGGCGAGCUGCGCUUUAGAGCACCACAACGACCCAUACCAUGGGAGGGUGUGAGAGAUUGCAAAAGUACCAAAGAAAUGGCUGUGCAGGCACACGUCAUAACCGGCGCAAUGGAGGGAUCUGAAGACUGUCUCUACCUCAAUGUGUAUACGAAUAAUCCACAGCCCGAUAAACCGCGGCCAGUCAUGAUUUGGAUACACGGCGGUGGACUCUGCACCGGUGAGGCUACACGUGAAUGGUAUGGACCAGAUUAUUUUAUGCAAAAAGAUAUUGUGCUAGUGACAAUACAAUACCGGCUGGGUGUAUUGGGUUUUUUAUCGCUCAGCACACCCGAAUGCAAUGUACCUGGCAACGCUGCCCUUAAAGAUCAAGUUCUGGCUAUAAAAUGGGUUAAAAAUAACUGUGCGAGCUUCGGUGGCAAUCCCGACUGCAUAACGGUUUUUGGUGAAAGCGCUGGCGCUACCGCCGCUCACUGCAUGAUGCUGACCGCACAGACACAAGGACUCUUUCACCGUGUGAUUUUAAUGUCGGGAACUGCCCUUCCUCUAUGGGAGACAGAAGGUCAAAAAUAUCGUGCUUUCAGUCUUGCAAAAUUAGCUGGCUAUAAGGGUGUUGAUAAUGAUAAAAGUGUGCUUGAAUUUUUAAGAAAGUGUAAAGCGAAAGAUCUGAUGGCACUUGAAGGUCGUACGCUGACGCCAGAAGAUCGUGCGCACAAUAUAUCGACGCCUUUCGUCUACUGCGUGGAGCCAUACGCGACGCCGGAAUGUGUGAUACCGAAGCCAAUAAGGGAAAUGAUGAAGACUGCGUGGGGCAAUGCGAUACCGCUGCUGGUCGGCCAUACGUCAGACGAAGGGCUGAUCUUCAUGCAAGGAGCCAAGGCCUUAGCCAGUGCUGCCCAAAGGCAGAAAUGUUAUUCUCUUAAACCCUUUGUGCCCUUUGAAGUAGCCGACAAUGAAGAGAGUGAGAUAUUCGAGCAAAAAUUGAGAACAGUGCAUGUGAGUGGUAAGACACCUACUAUCGAUGAAUAUAAAAAUAUCAUAGCCUACUCGUGCCUGCACUUUUCGCUCUAUCGGCUCAUACUUUCACGCUUAUCGCAUGCGGCCGGUGCGCCACUUUACCUAUAUCGCUUCGACUUUGACUCCGAAGAGUUGCCGCAUCCUUAUCGUAUAUUGCGUAUGGGGCGUGGUUUGAAAGGCGUGGCACACGGAGAUGAGCUUUCGUAUAUUUUUUCGAAUCUUUUUUCGCAACGCUUGCCAAAAGAGAGUCGUGAAUAUAAGACUAUUAACCGUAUGAUCAGCUUUUGGACACAAUUUGCGCGCACUGGCAACCCGAAUGACGAGGAUAUACCUGGUAUGGCAACGUUGACUUGGGAACCAUUGAAAAGAAGUGAACCAAAAUUAAAUUGCUUAAAUAUAAGCGAUGAUUUGAAGUUCAUAGAAUGGCCAGAGUUACCGAACGCGAAAGUAUGGGCGAGCGCUUACGACAAGCACACAGAGUUGCUGUGUUGACGCGAAAGGUAGUAGCCAGGAAGUAUUUGGUAAAAAGCAGUUCAGACGUCGGUUUGAAUGCAAAAUAGUCACUUGUUUGUAAUGAAAUAUUUAUAUGAAACAUUUAAACAUAUAUAUUUUUAUAAAAAUUAUAUAGUACAAUUAUAUAUUUUGUUGUUUAUGAAACUGUUGUUUGUAAAUAAGUUUAUUUUGAUUGAACGAAAAUUAAUCAGAUUGACCGCUGUGUAUAAAUGUAUAUAAUAUUUGUGUUAAAAGUAUAAUUUUAGCAAUGAAAAUCCAUACAAUGAAGCUUUAAAUAUUGGUAAAACUUGUACAAUU